CCCGGCUGCUGCAGUGGUGGUGGCGGUGGCAGGAGUGGUCCCCGAGGGCGCCGGGAAGAGGAGGAAAGGGAGGACUUCCGGCCGCUGCCCCCAACCCACCGUCUCAAGAUGGCAGCCAGUGGCACGGAGGGAAAGGAGAUGAAGGGGCACGAGGAGGCCGCCACGCCCCAGAAACCAGCGGCUGAACCGGUCACUCCCGCCCCGGGGACUGAGCCUGCAGAGAGCCCAGCUCAGGACGCAGCCGUCCCAGAGGCCACGGGAGCGGGCCCGGACCCCACCGAGCCUUUGGGAACGGGUCCGGAAACCGGGCCGCCCCCGGGAGGAGACACGCAAACCCCGAAGACCCCGCCGAGGGCCACGGACCCGGCCGAGGCCUCGGGCACCACAAGUACGGACUCCAAACCCAAGCCAGAUUUGGGUCCGGAGCCGGAGAAAGCAGCGGGAGAGGGCCCAGAUUCUGCCCCGGAAAAAGGCGCAGACCUUAAACCGACGCCAGAAGAAGGCCCGGUCCCUAAUCCCAGGCCAGGAGCAGGGUCGGCUCCCAGCCCAACGCCGGGAGCUGAAACGGGCGCGGGAGCAGGCCCGAGUGCCACGGCGGCCCCAGGGGCAGGCUCGAGUGCCACAGCAUCACCGGGAGCAGCCGCGGGCGCGACAACGACCCCAGGGGCCGACCCAGGAGCCGAGGCCAAGACGGAGCCGCAGCCCGAUCCCACGUCAGCCCCCCAGCUAGAAUCCCACGUCCCAGCGGGAAGGCCUGCCUCGCCGGCCCCGGAGUCCCUAACAGAGGACCCGGAGGAGAAACAAGAGAAUGGGGCGGUUGUCCCGCUGCGGGCCGGCGGGGGGGAUGAGGGGCCGGGCCCCCAGCCCCAUUCCCCUCCUCCAUCCAAGGGAGGCCCUGCCAAUGGGGCUCCGCCUCGGGUGCAACAGCUGGUGGAGGAGGAGCGGGGUGGCAAGGGGCACGGCGGGGCCGGUGGGAGGCCAGGCUCUCCCCGGGGCAGCCUGAGUCGCCAACCAAGCUCCCUCCUUGGGGGGCCGGAGGUGGAAGGGGGUGAAGGCAUCCCCAAGCCACGUGACUAUAUCAUCAUCGCUUUCCUGUCCUGCUUCUGCCCCACCUGGCCCAUCAAUAUUGUUGCCUUCGUGUAUGCAAUAAUGUCCCGAAACAGCCUGCAGCAGGGCGACGUGGACGGCGCCCGACGACUGGGCCGGGUGGCCAAGCUCCUGAGCAUCGUGGCGCUGGUCGGCGGGGUCCUCAUCAUCAUCGCCUCCUGCGCCAUCAACUUCGGCCUGUUUAAGUGAGGGGGCUUUACCCGAGCCCCAAUACUUUUUUUCCUGUCGGAGCUGCCAAGGAAUCAGCCCUCCCCCAGGGGAAGCCCGGUCGGUGGGGCCUCUCACCCCCUGCUCCCACUGGGACCAAAGGAGCCAGAGCAGGGGCCAUGUUUACAGCUUCUCCUGUCUUUCCCAUCCUGCCCCUCCCCUCUUGCUCCUUUCCCCACCCCCCUCCACUUUCCUUACCGCCCCCCUCCCCCUUUUUCCUUUUCUUUGCAUUUCUCCCUUUCCUUCUCCCACCCUCUCUCCCUGCCUUAUCCUUCCCCUCAGGGUCACUUUUUUCUCCACUCCCAUCUCUCCCCUCCUCGAUCCAUCUUCCUUCUUGUCUUCCCUCUCCAUUCUUUCUUCCCCUGACCUCACACCCUCCAUUUUUCCUCUCCCUUCCCUGCUCCUUCAACCUCUCUCCUUUCUCCCGCCCAUCUCCUUCUCUUCCCAAGCCCUGCAUCCCCUCUCCACCACCUUGUCCAACUUCCAUCCCUCCUUUGUUUUUCCUCUCCCGCUCCCUCCCUCUUCCUCCUCAUCUUUUCCCUUUCUCCAACAAAGAAUACAGUGGUUAAUUCAGCAAAUAAAAAAAAAAGCACACCGGACUAGGGUCGCGGAGCAGGAAACACAACUUCAGAAGGAUCCCCCCUUCCCUUUCUCCCUGGAUGGGAGGGGAGGAGGGACUGAUGAGGCCUCCCUCAGCUGGACAGCUCCCUAAGACAAGAACCUUUCUGCCUUUCCUUCUCCUACCCAAGGGGUUUUCCUUAUUCCGACUGCUCUGAGGUUUCCAGGCAGAGAGAAGGGUUUGGUGAUCUAUCCAGCCCGGGAGAGGUUGGGGCCAAGGCAGGGUGGGUGGGUGCACGGGGAAUAUGCAAAAAAAAAAAAAUCCCCAAUCAAUCUUCGACUGUUCCUUCUCUCGACAAUUCCCUGGAAGGGGACCAGGGUCUUGUCUCUCCAAUCCUCCUCUUUCCCUUUCGCCCCCAAGGCUUUCUUCACCCCCUAGAAAGCCGGGGCCUAGAGACAUUUGCAUCUGGGGGCAUGUUGGGGAGGGAGG